AUGCCCGCCACGGUACCCCCGACAGAGGUUGAGCUAGGAGGCUUGACAGCUUGGUCCCGAGCUCAGCAGGCAGCACUGUAUCAUCGCCAUAUCGUCGAGCAGAGCACCAAGGACGAAGCGAAGGCAGAGAAGGAUGAGAAGGAGAAGAAGGAAAAGAAGAAGAAAGAUGAUGAGGUCAAGCUUGAUAAGAUCACCGCGGCGACUAUCCUGGCCAACAUCCUACAAGGGUGGUGUCCUGCCCUAUACGAGUUCCUUGAUAUCUUUGGCCCGCCCCAUGCCGGCCUACCAGUCUUCAUAGCCUUGCACAUCCUCGCAUGGGCCACAUUACCAUGGUAUCUCAUCCCCCUCCUCCCUCUUCCCCUAACACACCUCCUUCCGAUGUCUCUCUCCCUCAAGUCUCUCUUUUCCCCCGCUGCGACUCUGGAGAAGGCAUACGACGACGCUAAGCGCAGAUGGCAAAAGCAGACCGAGGACCUCAAGAAGCAAGGCAAAGACAAGGCGGAUUUCCCGGACCCACCGAAACCGCCCGCGGGGUGGCAGCUUUGCGUGAGGGACAGAGCGGGCUGGUUGGCUUACUGGUCGUUCGUAGGUGGAGUGGAGUACCUUGAGAGCGUGUGCUUUGGGGAUCAGGUUGGUGGGUUGGUGUGGUGGCCCAAGAUCAAGGCUGUGUUCUUUGUCUCGCUCUAUUUCAUCUGGGAGACGGAUGAAAAGGGACAUCAGACCACGGGAGCGAUGAAGCUCAUUGAGCCGUUCCUCCCAAAAUCAAAGCUGGAGCAGAAGGAUGCGGACAAGAGCAAGGACAGAAGGAGGGAAAAGUAG